AUGAUACGAGAACAUAAUCUUACUAUUGAUACAGCUGCGGCAUCUCGUGGUCAAAAAAUAAUUCAAGAAAUAAAUUUUGAUUUAGUCUAUGCAUUACACACUUUUACUAAAACAGUUGAUGGACAAGUUGCUGUUGAAAAGAAUGAUUCACUUAUAUUGUUGGAUGACUCAAAUAGUUAUUGGUGGUUGGUUAAAGUUAUUAAAAAUGAAGAAGUUGGUUAUAUUCCUGCAGAAAAUAUCGAGACUCCAUAUGAACGAUUGGCGAGAUUAAACAAACAUCGGAAUGUCAAUAUUUGCUCAUCGCAGAACAAUACGGUUGAAGAUAAUCUAUAUUUUGAACGAAAAAUCCUAAAUCAAAUUCCAGUAAAAGGAGUAAAAUUUACAUCACCAGAAUAUAUUAUAGAGUCUGAAGGAGAAUAUUAUUAUGAUGAUGAUGAUUAUAACGAAGAAGAAGAAGAAGAAUUAUUUAGAGGAGAUGAUCAACAACAACAAAUAAAUGAGGAAUCUGAGAAAAUAAAUGAUUCUUCCAAUAUUAUAAUUAACUCUAAAGAAGAAUCGAUAGAGAAUCAAGAAAACAAAAAAAGCAUUGAAACUGAAAUGAAUAAUAAUAAUAUAGAUAUAUCACAUGAACCAGAAGUUAAUGAAAAUGACAUGAUUUUAAUUGACAACACUACACAAACAUCAACGCAAAUGUCAAUUGUCAACGAGAAUAUCAAAAACGAGAGUAUCAAAGAGAAUUUCAAUAAGAGCAUUGUCAACGAGAGCAUUGUCAAUGAGAGUAUUGUCAAUGAGAGUAUUGUCAACGAGAACAUUGUCAACGAGAAUAUUGUCAACGAAAACGUUGUUAACGAGAACAUUGAUGAGAGUAUCAAUGAGAGUGUCAACGAAACAACCAUCACCGAGAAAAAUAUGGGUAAUGAUUUUAUAGAUUUUUCAGAUGAUGAUGAUGAAAAACAAAAACAACACAAAUCUGGCAAUAAGUUAUUUGGGAAAAGAGAUAAAAGAGACAAAAGUGAUAAAAGUGAUAAAAGUAGUAAAAGCGAUAAAAGUAAUAAAAGCGAUAAAAGUAAUAAAAACGAUAAAAGUAGUAAAAGUGAUAAAAGUAGCAAAAGUGAUAAAAGUGAUAAGGGCGAUAAAAGCGACAAUGGUGGUGUUAUCUCAAAGAAUAAUUCUGAAUCUUCUAGUAGUAGUAGUAAUAAAGAUUUAUCAAAGACUUCGUCAAGAAAUAUUGCAAAUAUUACUUCCGAUGUUUCUCAACCACAACAAACUACAAAUUCAUCAAAAAGCAUUAAAUUAUCACCUACAAAUCCUCUACAAUCAUCCUCAUCACAAUUGCAGCUUAUCCAACCUGUCCAACCAUCACAAAUGAAACCGCCAACGCAAAUAUCUCAAAUACCUCAAAUUAAUUCUGAAGAUAUUAUUAAUGUUACAACUCCUUCAGCUUCUGCAAAUUCUGUAUAUAGCGUUUUUCGUAUAUUUUCUGGACAUAAUAUUACAUCCAAAUUUAACUAUAAACUUGUUCUUCUUGGAAAAAACAAUGAUACAAUUUCAUUAAUUAAACAAUCAAUAAAACGAUUUAAAUUGGACAAAGAAGAGAAUUGGCAAAAUUAUUAUAUUACCAUUAAAGAAAAUGAAAAAGAGGAACCUUUUCACUUGGCACCACAUGAUCACCCCUUGAAAAUAUUUGAGACAUUAACUUCAUCAUAUCUUACACCAUUACCAACGAUCAAACGAUCUUCAAUUUCUUCAGUAUCAUCUGAAUUUUCAAAUUUAUCAAAUUUAUCAAGUCAUGAAGCAAUAAGUAAAUUAUUAUUUCGUGAUGAUAAAAAUUUAGUUUGUUUCUAUUUAAAUAAAAAAUCACAAAAAAUAGUUGAUAAUCAAAAUUCUCUGGAAAAGAAGUUACGUAUACGUGUACUUGUAUAUUCUGAUGAUUUACCAAUUCAUCAUCGAAAUAAGGGAGGAGUAACUGCUAUACCAAGAGUAUCAAUGUCUGCACCUAAAAAUUUAGCAGAGAAGGUAAAUAAUAAAAGAAGAUCAAGAGAAGAAGGAAAACCUAGAGAAAAAGGUAUUAUUAUUACAGGAAGAGCUACCGUAGGUCAAGUUAUAGAGAAAGCUAUAAAUAAAUUUGGUAUAAAUGAAGGUAUUGUUGAUAAUGGAGAACCAAUAUUAGAAUCUGAUGAUGAAAAAUUAAGAUAUAAUCUUAUGAUGAUUAUUGAUGGGAAAGAAAAAUAUCUUCAUCCAGAUACGAACAUGUCAACAAUCUAUAAUACAAAUACACCACCAGAUUUUCAUCAUUUUUCUGUUACCUCUUUAGAUUCAACAUCAUCUUUAACAUUUGAUUAUAAUCCAGAUGAACCAAUGUUUCAACGAGAAUAUAGUAGAGCCAAACAAAAAUCGAUUCUAGGUUCGCAUAAAAACGAAGAACAAGGAGUGGAUAUUAUUACGAGUGUUGGAGCAAUUAGAAGUUCUCGUAUUUUUGGAUCAUCCAAAGUUCGAUAUUCUUUUAUUUCAAAUGAUGGAAAGGGAGUUGAUAUUAGUGAUCUUAUCGAAAAUAUUUGGGCUGAUGAAGAUGAAGAAUUAACCAAUGUUAAUAAAGGAUUAAAGAAAGUUGAAUUAGUUGAUGACAAAAUAUUUAACCAAACAAAUGAAAAUGAUCAUAAUGAAGGUAAUGAAAUUGAGAUGCAAUCAAUUGAAAAUAGAAUUAAUCGAGUUAUACAAAAGGUAAAAACUGGUCAAUAUGGUAUGAAUUCUAUAUCAAGUAUAUCAAGUAUUACAAAUGUUAUAAGAGAUAAACAAAAUGCAGAAGAUCAACGUGAAAUACAACAACCAAAACAAAUCACAACCACCACAACCCGAAUACCAAUGUCAACAAGAAGAUUAUCAUCAUUAUCUUCCAAAAAGAAAGAUUUCAAUAAUACUGGAUUGGAAGGAAAACAACAACAAUCACUUAGGUCACGUCCUACCUCAAUGGAAUCUAAUAAAUCAGAAGUAAGCAUUAUAACUCCAACGGAUUCUUUAACCCCCACUCAAGAGUCUUUUACACGAUUACAUGAAUUUGGAUUACAAGAAUUAUUAAUAUUUGUAAGAGCAGGAAUGAAUAAAUUGGAUGCUAAAGAAAGAAGAACGAGUGAAUGGUUUUUAAAUGAUGAUCGAGAUAAUAUACUUGAACAAUUUAAACCAGAUGAAAUACGGGAUGAGAUUAAAGAUGUUUUUGCAAAUGUUAAUGAUAAACUUGAAAAAUUGGAAUUGGAAUUGGAUCAAAUAAUGAGUGAUGCUGUAAGAGCAUUUUAA